GGGCGGGGCAUCAUAUGGGCGGGGCUGAGGCGAGGCCCCGGCGGCCAUCUUGAGCCCCGCCUUUUACUUCGGACCGCUUCUUCUGGUCACUCCGCCGCCGGAGAAUCGUCUACCAUUUGGUACAAGCAAAAAGCAAUCAGCAAUUGGACAGGAGAAGAAUGGCAUUGAAGCAGAUUUCCAGCAACAAGUGCUUUGGGGGAUUGCAGAAAGUUUUUGAACAUGACAGUGUUGAACUGAACUGCAAAAUGAAAUUUGCUGUCUACUUACCACCAAAGGCAGAAACAGGAAAGUGCCCUGCACUGUAUUGGCUCUCAGGUUUAACUUGCACAGAACAAAAUUUUAUAUCAAAAUCUGGUUAUCAUCAGUCUGCUUCAGAACAUGGUCUUGUUGUCAUUGCUCCAGAUACCAGCCCUCGUGGCUGCAAUAUUAAAGGAGAAGAUGAGAGCUGGGACUUUGGCACUGGUGCUGGAUUUUAUGUUGAUGCCACUGAAGAUCCUUGGAAAACCAACUACAGAAUGUACUCUUAUGUCACGGAGGAGCUGCCCCAACUCAUAAAUGCCAAUUUUCCAGUGGAUCCUCAAAGGAUGUCUAUUUUUGGCCACUCCAUGGGAGGUCAUGGAGCUCUGAUCUGUGCUUUGAAAAAUCCUGGAAAAUACAAAUCUGUGUCAGCAUUUGCUCCAAUUUGCAACCCUGUACUCUGUCCCUGGGGCAAAAAAGCCUUUAGUGGAUAUUUGGGAACAGAUCAAAGUAAAUGGAAGGCUUAUGAUGCUACCCAUCUUGUGAAAUCCUAUCCAGGAUCUCAGCUGGACAUACUAAUUGAUCAAGGGAAAGAUGACCAGUUUCUUUUAGAUGGGCAGUUACUCCCUGAUAACUUCAUAGCUGCCUGUACAGAAAAGAAAAUCCCCGUUGUUUUUCGAUUACAAGAGGGUUAUGAUCAUAGCUACUACUUCAUUGCAACCUUUAUUGCUGACCACAUCAGACAUCAUGCUAAAUACCUGAAUGCAUGAAAAACUCCAAAUAAGAGAAUCUCUUCAGGAUUAUGAAAGUUGUAAAAUGCAACUGUAUUGCUGAGCAAAAAAAAAAAAAAAAAAAUCAAAACAUUGGAUUUUAUAAUGCUAAAAGGGCUUUAUUCUAUAGUUGAAUCACCUCUGAAUAAAGAUAUAAAACCUA